UUACUUCCCAAAACCACCACCACCACCACCACAACACAUCUUCUUCGCUGAGAUUUCUUUAUUAACAAAAAUAAUAUCACUAGGCUUUGCAUGGCAGUGAGCUUGUUGGCGCACGUGGUAUCCGACCUCUGUCUCGGCAAGCCAGCCCUGAGGUCCUUGACCGUCUCCGCCACCGUCGCCGACGCCUUGGCCGCCCUGAAAAACUCCGACGAUAACUUCAUCAGCGUAUGGGACUGCGUCGACCACUCUGCCAAUACUGGGUUUGGUGACGAGGGCCGCGGCGGCGACGACGAAUGCCGUUGUGUUGGCAAGCUGUGCAUGGUGGAUGUGAUAUGCUAUCUUUGCAAAGAUGAGAAUCUGUUGUCUCCAUCUGCUGCUCUCAAGGCACCUGUUUCUGUCAUCUUGCCAAAGAUUCCAGGACUCGUGAUGCAUGUAGAACCAUCUUCGAGCUUGCUGGAAGCCAUUGAUCUCAUCCUUCAAGGAGCGCAGAAUCUUGUGGUGCCAAUACAAACAAAACUAAGCAGCUAUUCAAGAAGAAAGCAGCUCCAGAACCCUUCAAGCACCGGCCCUACAAUCCACAACGGCCGUGAAUUCUGUUGGCUAACACAAGAGGACGUGAUCCGGUUCCUCCUCAGCUCCAUCGGACUUUUCUCCCCGAUCCCGGCUCUUUCCAUCGACGCGCUCGGCAUUAUCACCAACGACAUCUUGGCAAUCGACUAUCACUCCCCUGCCUCUUCGGCUGUCGCAGCUAUAACACGCUCCCUGGCGGAGCAAACAUCCGUGGCAGUGGUCGACGCCGACGGGUGUCUGAUCGGCGAGAUCUCACCCUUCACCCUCGCCUGCUGCGACGAGACGGUGGCGGCAGCCAUCGCCACCCUGUCCUGCGGCGACCUCAUGGCCUACGUCGACUGCGGCGGACCCCCGGAGGAUCUAGUGAGGGUCGUGAACGCCAGGCUGAAGGAAAAGAACCUGGAAGGCAUGUUGGAAGAGUUCAACAUUCUGUCGGAUUCAUCGUCUUUUUCGUCGGACGAGGAGUCCAUGUUGUCUCCUCCACGGUCGGGAAGGUAUAGCCGGUCGAUGAGUUACUCGGCGAGGAUGGUGAGGAGAGCAGAGGCGAUAGUCUGCCACCCAAAGAGCUCGUUGGUGGCGGUGAUGAUCCAGGCAAUCGCCCACCGCGUAAACUAUGUUUGGGUUAUUGAGGAUGAUUGUAGCCUGGUCGGAAUCGUCACAUUUUCUGACAUGUUGAAGGUUUUCCGGAAACAUUUGGAGACCAUGGGAUAGGAAGAAAGGUUUUUGUUCAUCAUUAUGGUGGGGGCCAAGAUAAGGGUACGAAAAAGGUUAUUAAAAAAAAAAAUUAAAAAAAAAAAAGUGUUGUGAAUAUGAGAGACUCCUCUUUAAUAUUUGGUGUGAUUGAAAUUAUGUCUUUUUCUCUAUUUUGAAGUUUUUAAUUUGCCUUUUUGUAGUGUUUUUUGUCAUGAGAGCGGAAAAUCAGGCAUGGCAGAUUUGAUAUUUUUGUCUCUUUGUUUUUAUCUGAAGGUGUUAAUAUAUGAGUAAUUAAAAUGA